CAAACCAACCAAAAAAACAUGAAAAUGUAUCGCAUUCUAUUGAUAUUUUCGGCGAUAACACUCGUUUGCUCCGUCGCAGAAGCUCGUCUCGAUGAGAAAACUCAACAAACAGUCAACGAAAUCUGCAAACAGACAAUCGACACCAAAUUCUGCAGAGCGGUCUUUGUCAAGAACUUGAUGACUUCUUCCCCAAGCAAGAACGAUCUCUUAAACGUGACAGUGACAGAAGCCGAAAGAUUCUCGGGCAACACGUGUUUCUUCAUCAGCACACUCCUUAGAAAUGCUGGAGACGAGAGGGCCGAUCUGCAAAUGUGCGCCGAAGCUUACGCCAUUGUGGACACGGCCUUCACGAAAGCUUUAUCUUUCUUUAGUCAAGGACUCUACGACAAGAUCCUCAAUCUCGAAGAGAACGUUUCUAACGGGAUUGGUAUCUGUAAGACAGAUUUUAGUGUGUCCGGUUAUGAGAUCAAUCCGUUGAUUGAGAAAAACAGAGAGACGAUGGUCUUAAUGGCCAUGGAAAAGAUCGUUGGUCAUAUGGCUUCUUCAUAAUCUGAUUGUUGAAACUUCAUAAUCGAAGCAAAUAUUUUCAGAGAUAUAUUCUAAUUAAUAAUGCGUUCAUGAAUCUUCUUUAUUGCAAUUUUCGAUCGGAAUAUAAGUUCAUGUUGGUGACGCUGUGGUUGAA